AUGGAGCCAACCACCCCCAACAAGAGCACCGACCAUGUCAUCAUCAGUGGCGGCAGUCCCGGCGUGCCACGAGGUCGCCGCAAGAUCGAUAGCAGAAGCGCCACUUCCGGCCCCAGAUCUCCCAACGCCGAGAGCAUUGUCACAUUGACCUCGGCUCGGCGCCUCGUCAUAUCCAGAGAUAACCCCCAUACGUCGACUGACGCAGGGAUGGGUGACCAGCCGGCAAACCCGCGCCGCGCGCAUCUCUUACGAUAUCAAUGUGGCGGAGAUGACUUUGGUGUGAAGCCCGACAAAAGAUGGGCCCAGUCCACGCCGAACCACAAGAACACCCCUUCGCGCGUCGAGGCACAGAUCAGCAGCGCACCAGAGCAAGCCCGCAACACGCGGGUCAGCAACUUCGGGCCCAGCGGCCCGCUCCUGCCGUGCAUCACGGCGCGGCAGUCAGUGCCGGCCGACAGCGACGCGGCCUCGUUUCGCUUCGGGACCGGGCACACGAUCCCGACGCUAUUCGAGCAUGUGAGGGCCAGGGCGGCGUCGCUGCACGAUACGGUGGUGGAGAGUCUGCAGGAGGUGGCGCGGGCGCGGGCGGACCCAUUCCAUGAGGUCGCGGACCCUGCCGCUGCCGACAAGGCCUACUGGAUCCUGAAUCAGGUGGCGGUGCUGCUGGAGGGCGUGCCGCAGGCGUUGGACGGCGAGCUGCGCGAGGGCUGUGGGUGUGAGAAAAGUGGGAGGGACGAGGCAGUCGUGCAUGGCGAGGACGAGGACGAGGAUAAGGACGCCGCGCGCUAA